AUGAAGCUGUUUGUCCUCGCUGUGGCACUGCCACUGUUGUUCAGAGAAGGAGCAGCGGUCACAAUACAAGAUGUGCCGCUCUGUGCUCAAAACUGUUUGGCCAACAGUACAAAGGCGCAAUCGACGUGCCAGGUCAUCGACAUUGCCUGCUUGUGUUCUAACACAGCAUACGUGAGCACGUUGUCAUGCUGUCUAGCGACGUCGUGUAAUCCAGAGGAGCAGUCAAUCGCGAUCCAGUUCAACCAAGAAGAAUGCUCAAAGGUCGGCAAGCAAGCUCCUGCGUUCGUGGGAUGCUCCCCGCUUAAUCUGACGGCCCUUCCAAGUGGAAGUGGCUCGACGCCGACCACCCUUCAAACCCAAACCUCAGCUUCGAAUUCAUUAGUGUCAACAAUUACGGGCGACGUCGUCACAGAGCCUCCAUCAUUCAGCGGCGCCACUGGCACUGCCACAUUUGGAGGAGCGCCGUUGCUGACAGGCACUUGUUCAAAUCCAUACUUUGCUGUUGUCACGAAUAGCGCCGGAAGCUCAUGGGAUGGCUAUCAGGUGUACUAUACCGGCAUCGGCGCGCAGACGCCUUGCUGGAGUCCUUUGAUGAGCUCGACCUACGUCCCAGCCUCAACUCCAACUGAUACCGCCAAAUUGACACUCAUUACGCAGACCGUCUUCGCGCAGAAAUUCGAGCUUACCUCGGCCGAUGCGGGCGGGGGCCUGACGGGAGGGGCUCUCAUUGGAACGAUUGUUGGGCCCAUCGCAGCAGUGAUCCUCAUAACCAACAUUGUUGCCAUUUGCAUGUGGCGCAAGCGCAAAGAAAGGAGAAGAGAGGCCGAGUUGAAUAGAGCGACGACGUUCCCACCAAAUGAGCCUGCAAUCCACCCUUCCAAGCCGCCUCAGACGCCUCAUGAGUUGGCCGGCCCAGAUUUGAUAAGGUCUCCCCGAUCACCGCAAAUGAGCCAGACGAAUGGCUACUUUCCGAAUCUCGGCUCAUCGCCGCCAGCUUACGACUCGAAUCGGAACGUAGGAGCUAUGGGAGCUACAAAGCUUCAAAUACCGCAAGAUCCUCAGGAGCUGGAGGGAAGUACGUUCAUACAUCAGCACCAUCCGGCAUUCGGCAGUGAAGGAGCUAGUGCUACGCCAACCACGGCUGCCUCGCCGUCGUCAGAGCGGCCAAAAACACCAAAGACGCCAAAGACGCCCGUUCGGUCACCCCAGGGCAGUGAUCGAAAUUCACCACUGAUCACACCGUCGUCUGGCAUUGGGAAUGUGUCGUCUGUAGCCAUCUCUCCACCGAAUUCACCUCGACAGAUACCCGGGAGGAUGGGGUAA